AUGAUCAUUCUGGUGGCUGGGGACACCAUGAAAAAAGUACGCGCUGCAUUACAGCAAUAUCAGGGCUGUGUCUCUAGCCGCUCUGAAGUUGACUUCAUUGAAAUGAAGGCUUCCGAAGCACACCGUUUUACUCUCAACCGCCUGGUUCUCCGCGUAUAUGCUUUCAAAACCGUCGGCGCAUUGACGAUAAACACCCAAAGCUACUCUGAGUUGAGCUCAAUCGAUACUCAGAACCACUAA